GUGGGUUGGGGUGGAGCCGUCGCUCUGUGCAUCGGUUCGCGGGCGGGUGGCGACCAGCAGCGUGUGAGCCCCGGGCCGGACAGCGCUGACCAUGGAGUGGACCCGCAGCGAGGGGAGCCGGGUUUGGCUGAGGGUGAACGAGCGGCUGCUGCCGAGCCGAGUGAUCCGUGUGGCUGACGGCCGCGUCUGGUUCAGCACCGACCAUGGAGAGGAGUUGAGCUUGGAGGGGUCACAGCUGCUCCAGGGGGUGGUGACCCCGAUGCACCAGACCAGUGUGGAGGGGGUGGGGGACAUGUCGGCGCUGAGCGACCUGCACGAGGCCAGCAUCCUCCACAACCUGCAGCUGCGAUACAGGCAGGACAAGAUCUACACCAACAUUGGCUCCAUCCUGACGGCGGUGAACCCGUACAAACACAUUGAGCGGUUGUACAGUGCGUGUACGGUGGAGCAGUACCGCGGGCACCAGCAGGGGGAGCUGCCACCCCACAUCUACGCCAUGGCCAACGAGUGUUACAGCUGCCUGUGGAAGCGGCACGACAGCCAGUGUGUGCUCAUCAGGUGGGGGCACGGGGCGGGGAUGUUCCAGGCUCAGGUGGAAUACGGAGGAUAUGGCGUCCUCUGUGGAGCGGUUUGGCCUGUAAGCAAACUGGGACGGGUCAAGUGUGGAGGGAGUCUGGAUGUAAUAUGGUCCCUGACCAGCCUCUCGAAGCACUUCAUCAUUAUGGGAGUGAGUGCUACAGGGCGGUAA